AUGAAGUCACCACUGGUGGGAUUUUCAGGUGACAAAGUAUAUCCACUGGGGGCAGUUACUCUUCUAGUCACUGCAGGAGCCAAUCCAAAGCAGGUCACUAUAAUGGUGGGCUUUGUAGUGGUUGACUGCCCAUCAUCAUACAACAUUAUCUUGGGGAUGACAGCAUUGAAUGCCAUAAAAGUAAUCAUUUCCACUUACCAUCUCUUGAUACGUUUCCCAACUGAAUAUGGGCUGGAAGGGAGAGGUAGGCCAGAUUUUCAUGGAGCGGAACCUAUAAAAGAACUAGAAGAAGUUAUCCUUGGUAAUGGUGAGCCCGAGAAGAAAGUGAAUAUAGGGUUUUUACUCCCCCCAGGUAUCAAAGAUAAACUUACUCAAUUUCUCAGGAAAAAUCAAGACGUAUUUGCAUGGGUGCAUGAAGACAUACCUGGUAUAGACCCCACUAUCAUAGAGCACCGCUUAAAUGUAAAUCCUAACUUCAAACCUAUCAGACAAAAGAGGAGGACUUUCACUCCAGAGAGGAAUCAGGCUAUAUCAGAAGAGGUGGAAAAGCUAUUAAAAGCCGACUUUAUUCAAAAGGUGUAUAUCCCUGACUGGCUGGCAAAUGUGGUCCUAGUGAAGAAGAUAUCUAUGUACACCUCAGAUAGAGAAAAAAUGGCCUUCAUCACUGAUAGAGGUUUAUACUAUUACAAAAUAAUGCCUUUUGGGCUCAAGAACGCUGGUGCAAGAUACCAGAGGCUAGUGAAUGCAAUGUUAAAGCACCAAAUUGGUAGAAAUAUAGAGGUAUAUGUUGAAGACAUGUUGAUGAAAAGCUUAAAAGCUGAAGACCAUUUGACUGAUCUGUAA